AUGUGCCUAACUUCUAUUAUUCUCCAAGAAUAAAAAAAAUAAAGAAGCUUUUACAUAGUCCAAACAGAGAAUAUUUAGGAUGAAUAAAAGUAGAGAAGAAAAAGUUGUACUUGUAAUAAUUGUGGAAGGUUGAAUUAAUUUUAAUUCAAGCAUAUGAAUUUUCCUAGUUACAUACAAUAACUUUAGAAAAUAAAAAGUAAUAUAAACCUUGAAUGUAAGUCUUCAUUUUAAAGACAGAUCAGUUAUGAUAAUAUUAAAAUUGGAAUUAUUAGUAAUGAUUAGAAUUGUUAACGUUUACAUACUUUAUAACAGUAUAAAAGAUAAAAAAGUUGUGAUUGCUAACAAUGUGGGUAGAAUACUAAGUUUUAAGAAUUUUGCAAAUCAAUAAAAAUCAAUCGAGGGAAAAUCAACAAACCCAUUAGAAAAUAGAAUUUAGAAUAAAUAUUUAAAGGAAUAAGUCCAAUAAGAUAAGUUUAAUACAAUGAUGAUUACGAAAGGGAGAAUAAUUAAAAUAAUAAGAACAUUUGCAAUCUGGCUAACCUAAUUGUUCAUAAAACAAAUAAAAGAUCAUUAGUAAAGCCUAAGAAAUAAAUGGUUGAAGGAUUAUAAAAUAGAAAUAUUCUGAAGAGUGAACAAGGAAAAUAAAGUACAAAGACAAAUUCUAGUAGCAGAGAAUUCGGAGCAAAACUUGAAAACAAAAAGAAACUAAACCUCCCAAUUGUGAAAAGCUCUUAUAUGAAGACAAUUGAAAUACUAAAUAUCUAUGAGACUUAAAAAUAUAAUCCAAAAUUUAGUAAUCGAUAAUGA